AUGGAUGAUGAUGGUUUCAAAUUGGUUUUAAAAGGUAGAAAGAAUAAAUUAUAUAAAGAAGAUGCUAAUAAACCAUUAAAUAAUAAAUUACUACCAAAUAAAAAUGAUAAUUUAAAGAAUAAACAAAUAAGAGAUAAUCAUAUAGCAAAACAACAACAACUUUUAAAGAGUAAUAGCAAACUGAGUAGUUCUACAAGUGGUAACAUCAAUAAAAAGAAAGAAACAUAUGCUUUAAAAACAGAUGAAGAAUUAUAUCAACAAUUACUUUCGAAUAUAAAUAAAUCAAUUGAGACUAUUAAAGAUACACAAUUCUUUAAAGAUAUAGUCGAGAAUGAAAAGUUGAUACCACUAUUCAAGAAUUUAGCUGAGAUUAUCUGUUAUGGAAUAGGUAGUUGUCAAUCAUCAAAGAAAUGUCAAGAACAGUUUGCAUUGAUCAUUGCUUUAAAGAAUUAUUUUAGUUUUGAUAAUGGUGAUACUACAGUAUAUAUAUUUGACCCAGUGAUGUCUGAAUCCGAUAAACGAUUGGUUGAACAUUUCCAAAUUAAACUGAUCACUAUCAAUGAAGAAGCAAAAAGACAGAUCAACACAGAUUUAAUCGAUCGAUACACCUUGUUUUACAUGCCUUUUUGUCCUCGUAAGCUAUAUGAUAAUGUAUUGUGGGCAAACUUUUCGAUUUCAUCACUACGACAAACGAUUAUCCUUGGAAAUAGCUUUGAUCGUUACAACGAAAUGCAUCUGCCACCAGAUCAAGAGUAUCUUCCAUAUUGUUACACCAAGAAAUUAUACAAACAAUAUAAAGAAACACCACUACCAACCAACUAUCCAACCAAAUUUAUAUUUCACGAUCUAUCGUUCCACUACUUUGAACAAGCACAUCUCAAAACUCUAGAACCAACAUUUUGGAUCGACAAACAAGAACCUCCUAAAAUAAUAGAUGACCCUGAAGACUUUUUAAUAGGGGGUACUGCUGGUAGUAUAUCAAUGACAAUGGGAACUCCAUUGGAAAGGUUAAAGCUUUUGUUAAUUGUUCCUGGUAAGAAUUACAAGAGUCUCACUGAUUGUUUUGUAAGAGUCGCAAAGGAAGAAGGUCUCUUGACUUUUUGGAAAGGUAAUCUUAACCGUUGUAUUGGAUAUUUCCCUUCUUCUUCUUUUAACUUUGCAUUCAAUGAAUUUUAUAAGAAUUACUUUGUUCGUUACAAAGCAAAGCAAGACCCUCAAAAGUUUUUUAUUGGUAAUUUGAUGUCUGGUGGUUUUGCUGGGUUCACCUCUUUGCUCAUUACAUAUCCAGUGGACUAUUCUCGUAUACGUUUGGCUCAAGAUAAAGGUUCUGGAUUUACACGUCAAUUCACUGGUUUAGGAAACUGUAUAUCUUCCAUCUACAAGCGAGACGGUUUGAGUGGUUUGUAUCGUGGUUUUGGUAUAUCAAUCGGAGGUAUCACGGUAUACCGUUCAAUAUUCUUUGGUGGAUAUGCCACCGCAAAGGAAUUCCUCCUCAAAGAUCCAAAGAAGGCUAAUUUAUUUCAAAAAUGGUUAACUGCUCAAGCUGUUGUCACUGCUGCUGGUAUUCUUUAUUACCCUUUCGGUACGGUACGUAGAAGAAUGAUGAUGCAACAAGGUCGAACUAACAUGCUCUAUUCAAGCUCUUUUGAUUGUUGGAGGAAGGUUGCUCAAAGAGAAGGUCUAUAUGGUUUCUUCAAAGGCUCUUUCUCCAAUUCAAUUAGAAGUUUGGGAGGAGCUUUUGUUUUGGUAUUUUACGAACAAAUUCAACAGGUUACUGCUAAAUAUACAUUCAAUAGUAGUUACGAUUUACCCUAA